GUCAUGUGCUCGAGGGUCGAGUGUCAGGGCGUACGUACCUAGGCUUAGCCGCUAGCUGAGGCUAGAACUUUGAAGAGCUCAGAGUCAGAGGGAAAGCGCAUGGAGAAUGCAGGCCCCAGGGCUGAUUGCAGGAAUGCAGCCCUGACUCUGAGGAGGCCAAGGAGGAUACCUUAGCCUAAGCGACGCGCAUUGUGAUGCAGUUCUGAGCCAGCAACGCCUUGGGCUUGUAAGUAAAGCUUCCCGGAGAGCCUACUGGCAGGCUGCAUGAUGCAUCCAGCUAAGUGCAUUUGAGAAGAUGGAGGGUGCGAGGGCGGCCAGUGGCACCCAAGCGGAAGCGGACGGCCGCCGCAUUUCAGAGAGCGACUACUUUGCUGAGAAGCCUGGGGCAGCUUUCGGAGAAGAGAACGAGCUGCACACUGUGACAGAUCUCCAUUCACGGGGAGCGACAGCGUUCGGGAGACAGGUCACAAGCACGAACGACGUUCGCACCGCGAUCAAGCAGGAGCUUGAGCAGAACAGCAGCGGGGCGAGCCCCAGGACUGCAAAGAAGUUUGCGUUUGCAUAUUUGCUCUGCCUGCUUGUAAUCAUUCUGCUCAGCCUGGCGUGCCAAUUGGUGGUCGCGAGUUACAUCGGCCGCUCCGAGAAGGACUCGUAUAUUGUGAACAUCUCGGGGAAGCAGCGGUACCGAUCGCAGAAGAUCACCAAGGCCUCAGUUGUGAUUCUGCUCAAUCGGAGGGAUGGGGAGAACGCCAACAACUACACCUUGGCUUUGAGUGCCGAUCUAGCGGACUUAACCGCAGCUUACCAUGGGUUGCUGAACGGCAGCAAACCCCUGGACCUGCCAGGAUCUGGCGAUGGAGCAGUCCGCAGUUUGUAUCAGCAGAUUGAUCCGUACUUCCAGGCUAUCUCCAGCAACGCUCAGGCUAUCCUGGCGCUGCCUCUAAUAGCAUCCCCCACUGACACUGCGCCGGGGUCACUUACGGCCAGUGUAAACGGCAUCUUAGCUGCAGAAUCGCAGUUCCUUCUGCUUCAGGAUGAGAUCACAUCCAGGUUUACCAAGAUAUCAAGAGAUCACCUGCAGUUUCUGUUGAUCCUCACCUGGGUGCUCCACUCAUCCGUCAUAUUGACGCUGAUCCUUGAGGGGGCCCUGGUUUUCUAUCCACUCAUCAGACGAACUCAAAUCCUGAUCAAUGAGAGGUUCAACUUCCUGCGGGCGAACUAUGUGAGUGAGGCCCAGGGUCGGAGUAUGGCGUCGUUUACGAUUGGUUACGUCACUAACCAGAUCCGGAAACCCCUGGACGGGAUCAUUCACUAUCUCGACAAGGCCCUGGCACAAGUCCCUCCCUCCAAGGCUGACAAAGCUGCAAACGGAGGCCCUGUCAAAGACAUUGUGGCGCAGCAACGAGGCUUGGAAACGGUGGGGAGCGGGGACAUUGGGGAGCACCUCAAGGGGUGCCGGCAGAACUGCGAGCUGCUGCAGACGAUCGUCGAGGACGUGUCCGACAUCCGAUUGCUGGAGAACGGGCGCAUGAACCUGGCGCUCGAGCGGACCAACGUGGCCGAGCGGGUGGCCAACGUGCUGGGGACGCUCGCACCGCAACUAGACGCGCGGAAGGUCACCGUGCGGCAGGAGGUCGACCCGGCGCUGAAGACGCUUUUGUUUCUGACAGACGGACACCGGAUCGAGCAGAUCCUCCUCAAUCUAGUUGCCAAGGCCAUCCACCUGGCCCGCGGCGGCACGGUUAUCGUCCGCGCCUGCACGCUUCCCAACGGGCUGCGCUUCGAAGUUGAGGACAACGGGAGCGACAUGCUGGAGGGGACACGUCAUCGCAUGUUCGAGAUGUUUGACGCCGAGUCGCGCCACCUGGCAGCGGGCAACGAGCUCGGGCUGUACAUCUCCAAGCUUCUCGUCGAGUUGAUGGGGGGCACGAUUGGCCUGAGCAGCACCCCCCAAGAAGGCAACGUGCUGUGGUUCGAGCUGCCGCUACAGCCGCUUGAUGCGAAUGAGGCGAUAAAUUACCCGCUGCUGGAGGAGAAUAGCAUCAUGCGGAGCUCCCGGCUAUCGUCUGGCAGCCGCAGCAAGAGCGGCAGCCGGAAUCGGGUACACAUUGAUAUCGCCACUCUAGUUAGGGAGGUGGACGGGUCCAUGCGUUGGGAAGGGUACAGUCCGAGGCAAGCGGCCUCUGAUAGAAAGGGAGAAGACAUUUUGUAGUUAUCGAGACUGGGAAGCAUUGAACGUUGUUAAGCGUGUCUAUAUGGUGGCUAAGGUGUAAGGUGCCCGGUGCAUGCUCUCAAGUCCCGGAGAUGAUUGUAUAUCGAAGGGGGCUGCAUCAGAGCAUCAGAUUGGAUAAGCCUACCUGGAUCAUGCAGUAAUGUAUUGGUAAAUCUAGGGGUAUUGAGUAGGUAAUCGUGUUGAAAGCUGGAAGGCCCCAAGGUUGGAGAAGCCCAAGACUGGGCUCCCAAGUUCCACACUAACCUGGAACCUUAGCAUGUACAGUGGGUCAGAGUCGUUCGGUGAGUCAGUGAUGUUCGGCGGCUGCCGCCUAAUAGCUUAUAGGCAACUAAACAAUCAGAUGCAACGGACAUUGUGGCAACUCUGUUGACACCCUUUCGGACUAACAUGCUGAUUGUGUCGAAAAGAGGGUAGGAGGACACAAGACCUUUGGUAUAUGGAAGUUGAUGUAGUCACGAACGUUGUCAGGAGACGCUCUCUCAGUUCAACCAACCAAACCACCAACAAAUUCUGGCCAUGGCCCAGGCAGUGAAGUGCCAAUGCAAGAGUCCCACUGGCCGCCGCAGGCCACAAGCCUGCAAGUUCAAACGUCCCUUGUACUAGGCAGUCUCCUGCGAACCUGCCUGGCAC